CUCCGUCCCGCGGCUUCUGGCGGCGUCCGGCGGGCGCGGGGCGCGGGGGAGGCGGCAGCGCGGAGGAGCCUCGGUGGGACCCGGGGGGGCCGUUCCUCCGUUCCUCCGUGGCUGCCCCGCAAUGCGCGGAGCCGGGCAAGGAGCGCUGUGCGGGGCCGCCCGUCCACGGCGUCGGCUGCUAAAGCGUUCGCGAGAAAUGACCUGGGGGAGACCGGAGGGGGUAGGAAAGGCCAAGAGCAUUCCGCUGGUGUCUGGAGCCGGGCGGUGCGGGGCUCCGGGCGUUUGUGAAGUGCCCGAACUGAAACGUUUACCCAGUGCUGUUCUGCCUCUCGCAGCUAAGGCUGUGGAUUACCAUCCCGGCGGGUGUAGCAUUGGUCACAGAGGGAGAAAAAAUAUUGAAGCAUAGUUCUUUGCUGACAUUUUUUGUGGAAUGAGAAACACUCACUCAGUCACGGAGCCCCUCGGGGUGAGCUCCCGGCGCCGACCCGCAGCCACCGGCCCCGACAUGCUCUGGCAGCAGUGCAGCUCCCAGUGCCAGCAGCGCUCUGGAUGCGCUGUGCUGCUGGGUGCCACCGUUCUGAUUUACCCUCUGUUUACACACGGCUUUCAUUCCUUAAUCUCCCCGAUAAGAGGUGUGGAAGUAGACCGCAGCUCUCUGAGCGUUCCUCUGUUCGCUGCCUUUGUUCUGGGCAGCUGCCAGCAUCCCUGGGGAUGCUCCCGCUCCGGGCACCACAGUACCACGUCUGGGGGCAGUUGCCGGGGUCUCUGCCUCUCUGCACCGUGGGAUCCACAUUGCUCAGUGCCCAAGCAGUGGAGCUGACUCUCAGCAAUAUGACUGUGCUGCCAUGUUGUCGCUGCCCCUGGAGACAGCAACGCUGUGGGAAGUGGAGGGGCAGGGAGAGGUGGGAUGGAUGGAGCACUGAACGCAUUGCAGGGAGCCAGGUUGUCCUCUGCACCUUUGCCUGGAAGUGCUCCUCAGCGCUGCGCACACCCAGCAAAGGCCAGGAGGCACCAAGCAGGUGUGGGCUGGUGACUGCUGCCUUAUUGCAGGGCCAGAAAACGGGGCAGAGUAGGGCAGAACCAACCCCACUGGGCACGCUGCGCCCUGGCCUUGAGGGCUCCAUGAGAAUUUACAUGGUGCCGCUCCACUUUCCUGCUAACUGCCAUCCUGUGAAUUUAAAGUGGGGUAGAAACCUUCCCCGUGAGCUGCAAAAGCACCGGUAGAGAGCAUCACUGCCUUCCCCAGGAGGACAAGGCCAGCUCCUUGCUGCCAGCUGCUGCUCCUCCAGCCCUGCAGAACACGGUGUGUGAGCAGAGCUGUGACUGCAGUGUGCCUCAGCAGAGAAAGUGUGCAGUAAUUGCAGUAUCAGGGCCGGGUGCUGCUGGGGUGGUUUUACAGCCCUGGUAUCACCCUGCAGUUUCCAGCAGUGUGCUGAGUUUUGCUGAUGUCUUUAUUUCCUGUAAAUGGUGACUGUCCUGGGAAGAGCCGGGAGCGAGCUGAACGCAGCCAGCGCUGUCAUUUCGUAACGUGGGAGCCUGAUCUCACCGCUGAGGUGGAGGAGUUUCAUUGGGAUGGUGCUGGGACUGUGGCCACGGGGAGACAGCAGGAUGAAUCUGAAGAAAUAUUUUGUCCGGGCUCUGCACCGCCUCCAGAAGGGCCCUGGCUACACCUACAAGGAGCUGCUGGUCUGGUACUGCGACAACACCAACACACAUGGCCCCAAGCGCAUCAUCAAGGAGGGGCCGAAGAAGAAAGUCAUCUGGUUCUUCCUAACGCUGCUCUUCGCCUCCCUGGUCUUCUGGCAGUGGGGCAUCCUCAUCAACACCUACCUCUCCUACAACGUCACCUCGUCGCUCUCCAUCGGCUUUAAGACCAUGAAGUUCCCAGCAGUCACGGUCUGCAACGCCAACCCCUUCAAGUACUCGGAGGUGAGGCCCCUGCUGAAGGAGCUGGACAAGCUCAUUGAGGCGGCGCUGGAGAGGAUCCUGCAGCCCGCACACGGGGACCCCAUCUCUCCCCUGCUGCUGAACAGCAGCAAUGCCACCGAGGGGCUGGACCUGGAGCUCUGGAACCAGAUCCCGCUGGUGCUCAUCGACGAGCAGGACAAGGACAACCCGGUCAUCGUGGAGAUCUUUGAGAGCAACCAGAGCGCCGCGGGGAACCAGACCGCCACUCCCCCUGCCCCCGCCAACAUGACGUCCGAAGAGAAGAAGUACAAGCUGGCAGUGAAGCUGUGCAGCCACCAGGGCUCCAACAACUGCACCUACAGGAACUUCACCAGCGCGGCGCAGGCGGUGACCGAGUGGUACAUCCUGCAGUCCACCAGCAUCCUCUCCAAAGUGCCGCUGCAGGAAAGGAUUAGGAUGGGCUACCAGGCGGAAGACAUGAUCCUGGCGUGCCUCUACGGGGCCGAACCCUGCAACUACAAGAAUUUCACCCAAAUCUAUCACCCAGACCACGGUAACUGCUACAUCUUUAACUGGGGCAUGGACAAAGAGGCUUUGAAUUCUUCCAACCCAGGAGCCGAGUUUGGGCUGAAGUUAAUUCUGGACAUCAGCCAGCAAGACUACAUCCCCUACCUGUCAUCCGCCGCCGGGGCACGGCUGAUGCUGCACCAACAGAAGAGCUUCCCCUUCCUUAAGGAUCAGGGCAUCUAUGCCAUGGCUGGGACAGAAACCUCCAUCGGCGUGUUAGUGGAUGAGCUGGAGCGGAUGGGCUAUCCCUACAGCGACUGCACCAUGAACGGCUCUGACGUCCCGGUGAAGAACCUCUACAGCGAGUACAAUACCUCCUAUUCCAUACAGGCUUGCCUACGCUCCUGUUUCCAGAACCACAUGACAGAAAUCUGUGGCUGUGGUCACUACAUGUUUCCUUUACCGGAAGGGGUAACUUACUGCAAUAACGAAGAUAACCCUGGCUGGGCGUAUUGCUAUUCAUCACUGAGAUCGAGCAUAAGACACAGACAAAUUUGCAUUGACUCUUGUAAGGAAACAUGCAAUGACACGCAGUACAAGAUGACCAUCUCCAUGGCAGACUGGCCCUCGGAGGCUUCCGAGGACUGGAUUUUCCAUAUUUUGUCUUAUGAAAGGGAUAUGUCAACAAAUGUGACUCUGGACAGGAACGGCAUCAUCAAGCUGAACAUUUACUUCCAGGAGUACAACUACCGGACGAUCUCGGAGUCGGCCGCCACCACGAUCGUGUGGCUGCUGUCGAGCCUAGGAGGCCAGUUCGGGUUCUGGAUGGGGGGUUCCGUGCUGUGCCUCAUCGAGUUCGGGGAAAUCAUCAUCGACUCGCUGUGGAUCACCAUCAUCAAUGUCAUCAGCUGGUGCAAGGGCCUGAAGCAGAAGCGCGCACGGGCACGGUACCCAGACGUGCCACCGACGGUGUCGGAGCUGGUGGAGGCUCACACCAACCUGGGCUUCCAGCAUGAGGAGGCCGGCGCUGCGGCGCAGGGAGAGGCGCUGCCCCCCGAGCCCGGCACCCCCCCGCCCAACUAUGACUCGCUGCGCGUGCAGCCGCCGCACAGCCCGGGCAUGGACAGCGACACCGAGAGCGAGGAGCAGCGUCCUGCAGCCAGCCACCACGGGGAUGCCUCCGUUUGGGCUGAGUGACCGCCAGAGCUUCAUCCAAGGCAGGAGAGAGCCAGCAGCCCUCGCCCCCUCCCCUUCCUUAAAACGCUCACUGAAGAAGCUCUGUCUAAUAAAUCCCGCAGUAAAUCUCA